AUGGCCUACAUUCUGCUAUAUGUUGAUGACAUCAUCCUCAUUGCGUCGUCUCAUGAUCUCCGCAAAUCCUUUAUGGCACUUCUUGAAUUAGAAUUUUCUAUGAAGGAUCUCAUUCUGCUUAGUUACUUCCUUUGCAUCACUUUCACUUCGCAUACAGGUGGCCUCUUCCUCAGUCAAAGCACUUAUGCUAGUGAGAUCAUUGCUCGCAUCGGCAUGGCUUGGUGCAACCCGUCUACUACUCAGGUUGACACCAAGCAGAAGCUCAGUUCCUCACCUGGCACUCCUUGUGCGGAUGGCACCUUAUAUCGGAGUCUUGCUGGUGCCUUUCAACACCUCACUGUUGUGUAG